AUGUCGAUUCUAUGUGGUUGUUGCCCUCUUCUUGAAUGUGUCUACUGUCUUGGUUGUGCUCGUUGGGCUUACAAACGUUGUCUUUACACAGCUGGUCACGACAGUAAAGACUGGGGGCUUGCAACAACGGAUAAAUUCGAACCAGUUCCUCGGUUCUGUCGUUACAUUUUAGCGGUUUACGAGGAGGAUAUCCGGAACCCUGUAUGGGAGCCACCAGAAGGAUAUGGGAUUAACCCUGAUUGGUUGCUUCUAAGGAAGACUUAUGAAGACACUCAGGGUCGUGCUCCUGCUUAUAUACUGUAUCUGGACCAUGAUCAUAAAGAUGUAGUUGUCGCGAUCCGGGGGUUGAAUUUGGCGAAAGAGAGUGAUUACGCUCUGCUUAUGGAUAAUAAGCUCGGGAAAAGGAAAUUCGAUGGUGGAUAUGUGCACAACGGGCUGUUGAAAUCUGCGGGUUGGGUGUUAGAUGAGGAAUGUAAAGUUUUGAAAGAAUUGGUGGUGAAGUAUCCGAGUUAUACUCUGACUUUUGCUGGACAUUCGCUUGGGUCUGGUGUAGCUACAAUGUUGGCUUUGUUAGUNGUUCGUCAUCCAGAUAGACUGGGGAAUAUCGAUAGAAAGAGAGUCAGGUGUUUCGCUAUCGCGCCUGCGAGGUGUAUGUCGUUGAAUUUGGCUGUUAGAUAUGCGGAUGUGAUCAACUCUGUUGUGCUUCAGGAUGAUUUCUUGCCGAGGACAGCCACGCCUUUAGAAGACAUAUUCAAGUCUCUUUUCUGCCAAACGUCUGACCUUACACUUAUCACCCAUAGAGAUCAAGUAUCCUACUGGUUAUAUCUUCUAUCAGCUGGUAUCUUUGGAGCUAUGUACAGACAAAAGAAAGUGGUGGAAUCUACUUUCGUUCAUACUAAUAUGUACUGUAAUGGAAAUCUGGUGGGUUGGAAAUGGAUACAACCGAAAUGUGUACCGGGAUGUUUGUUGUUCCAUCUUGAGACAUUCAUGUGGACAAUGUACCAAUGGCAAGGAGAAAAUGAGAAAGAAGUGGCCUCGUACAUCCUCAAGAACGCAAGACGGUUGAAGAAAGCAACUCUCUCCACAAAACCCAUCAAACCAGAAGAGCUCAAAAAGUUGGAAUGGAGACGUGAGGUGCUCAACGAGUUGGCUAGUGAGGCCAGGGCUUCAAUGUUAUGUCACCUCGAGUCUAGUAUGCAAAACAAAAUGCUUCAGCAAUCACAACUCCAAUGGGGUUACUCAAAUGUUAUGAAACUGUAA